UGAUUUAUGUAAAUUUUCUCUCUCCCUCUCCCUCCAUCCAUUCGCGGCGGGUCACGACGCUUCUUCAAAUUCCGCCAAUUCAAACACCGAAACAGCGUGCGAGCACACACAAGCCAGCUCAUAUUUAAAUCUCUUUCUUCUCCUUUCUUUUUCGGUGCCCUUAUUCCGAAGAAAGGUCAAAUCAAUUCAAACGAGGUUGCCACCGAAGUCCGUCUAUCACACUUUCCAUGCAAACCUAGAGAUCCAGAAGCUAUUAGCACAUUGCUAUCCCUACUUUCUUCCGCUUCGGCGAUUAAGAGAUGGAGGGAAAAACUGAGGAUGAAGUGGUGGAUAUUGAGAGUGCUUCUAGUGGUUCUUUCAAUGACAAUUCAGACGAUGAGGAAUCAAUGCUUCCUGAAAUAGAUGAUGAAGUGCAUCUUGAAGAGCCUUUAACAGAAGAGGAAAUACAAGAUCUUAUUUCUGAAUUGUUAGAAGUUGAGAGUAAGGCUGCAGAGGCUCAAGAAGCUCUUGAAGAGGAGUCUCUUUCUAAAGUGCAGAGUGAAGUUAGACAAGAAUUGAAACAGACUCUUCAAGGGGAUGAUUUGGAAACUGCUGUUGCGGACGAAAUGACUACUUUUAAAGAAGAGUGGGAAGCUGUUCUGGAUGAUCUUGAAACCGAAAGUGCCCACUUGCUGGAGCAACUUGAUGGGGCUGGGAUUGAGCUUCCAAGUCUUUAUAAGCACAUUGAAAGAGAAGCUCCUAAUGUUUGCUCCACUGAAGCAUGGAAAAGGAGGAAUCAUUGGGUUGGGUCUUUGGCAACUGCCGAAAUUGCUGAGUCAGUUGCUGAUGCUGAUAAAUAUCUACAAGUAAACAGACCUGUUAGAAGGCGACACGGUAAAUUACUGGAAGAGGGUGCCAGUGGUUUCCUCCAAAAAAAACUUUGUGAAGAAACCCAGGAGCCUGUGAAGAAAGAAACUGAGGGGGACUGGGAUCUGUUCAAUAAAAUAGUUUCUGAUGGGAGUGGCAUUGAUGCUUCAUUUGGCAGUAAGCCUUGGGCUUCAGUUUAUUUGGCCAGCACUCCACAGCAAGCUGCCUUGAUGGGACUCAAAUUUCCAGGUGUUGAUGAGGUGGAGGAGAUUGAUGAUGUUGAUGGCAAUUCCACUGAUCCAUUUAUUGCAGCUGCCAUUGCAAAUGAAAGAGAACUAGAUCUUUCUGAUGAGCAAAGGAGACAAUAUAAAAAGGUCAAAGAAGAGGAUGAUGCAAUUGCCGAUAGGAAGCUUCAAAUCCGUUUGAAACAUAGGAGACAUCGAAAGAAAAGUGAACAGUGUGAAAUGAGCUCCCAUAUCCUGGCAAUGGAGAACCACGUACAGAGGCUUUCAUCUGUUGAUCAUUUAAAUCCUGUUAAGAAGGAAGGAAAUGGUGAUAAUGGGAAAAGUGUCCCUGACAAUGGCAAGGUUGUGCAUGGGAAGAUGGAGAAUGAUAAAAUUGAAGAUUUUGAAGCGAGUUGUCAUCUUGACAAAGAAAAGCCUACAAGUACUGGCAAUUUGUCAGACCCAGCCAAAUCUUCGUUGGAUGAUACUAUUGAUCAGAGGGGAAUCAAACGUGUAAAUGAUGGUGAGCUUGAUACUGAUAAUAAAAAGUGCCGGACUAUAAUUAUUGAUGGUGAUGAUGAAGCAGAUGCCGCUGAAGAUAAAUUAGAUUGCAAUACCCCUGAGGAUCAAUCCAAGACAAAAGAAGAUUUAUGUAACAAUGGUGCUGAUUCUCUUCCUUUGGAGUGCCCAGAUGGAAAAUUUUGCUGCACAGUUUGUGAUAAAUUGGCUCUUCAAGUGUAUCAACACCCUUUUUUGAAAGUGAUUAUUUGUGGAGAUUGCAAUUCCUUUUUGAAAGAAAAGACACAUGCAAAGGAUCUAGGACAUGAUUGCUCUGAGGGUUAUUGUACAUGGUGUGGAGGAAGGAAUGAGCUAGUUAGCUGUAAAUCAUGCAAGAUUUUAUUCUGCACGAAAUGUUUAAGGAAGAAUCUUGGUGUAGAAUUUAUUGCUGAAGCUCAGGCCACUGGCUGGCAUUGUUAUUGUUGCUCUCCAAAUCUUCUGCAAAGUCUAUCAUUGCAACUAGAGAAAGCAAUGAGGUCUGCUGAUAUAACAGUUUCCAGUUCUUGUAGUGAUUCAGAUAAUUCAGAUGAUUCGGAUGCAGAGAUUAAUGUAACAAUCAGCACGAAGCGAAGACCCAAAAAGAAGAUUCGGAGGAUACUUGAUGAUGCUGAAUUAGGAGAAGAGACAAAACAGAAGAUAGCAAUUGAGAAGGAACGUCAGGAACGUCUAAAGUCUUUGCGAGUGCAGUUCUCUGCCUCAUCAAUUGAGAUGAGCUCUGCUGGAUCAAAUAGGAAUUUAUCAGAAGGUGCAAACAUUGAAGUUCUUGGUGAUGCGCUAGCAGGGUACAUAGUGAAUGUUGUCAGGGAGAAAGGUGAAGAAGCUGUUAGAAUUCCUCCUAGCAUCUCAGCUAAGCUGAAGGCCCAUCAGAUUGCUGGAAUAAGAUUCAUGUGGGAAAAUAUAAUACAGUCAAUCAGAAAAGUGAAGUCUGGGGAUAAAGGUCUUGGAUGUAUUCUAGCUCACACAAUGGGCCUUGGUAAAACUUUUCAGGUGAUAGCUUUCUUGUACACUGCAAUGAGAUGUGUUGAUUUGGGGUUAAGAACCGCACUCAUAGUCACACCUGUCAAUGUGCUACACAAUUGGCGGCAGGAGUUCAUGAAGUGGAGACCUUCAGAGAUAAAGCCACUGAGGGUCUACAUGCUGGAAGAUGUACCAAGAGAUAGGAGGGCAGAAUUGCUUGCAAAAUGGAGAGCUAAAGGUGGUGUCUUUUUGAUUGGUUAUAGUGCUUUCCGAAAUUUGUCUUUUGGGAAGCAUGUGAAAGACCGACAAAUGGCCAGAGAAAUUUGCCAUGCUUUGCAGGAAGGACCGGACAUUCUUGUUUGUGAUGAAGCCCAUAUGAUAAAGAAUACAAAGGCUGACAUAACUCAAGCCUUGAAACAAGUAAAAUGCCAGAGAAGAAUUGCGCUUACCGGAUCACCUCUUCAAAACAAUCUUAUGGAAUAUUAUUGUAUGGUUGAUUUUGUGAGAGAAGGUUUUCUGGGGAGCAGUCAUGAAUUUCGAAACCGCUUCCAAAAUCCUAUAGAGAAUGGACAACACACCAAUUCAACACUGACUGAUGUUAAAAUUAUGAACCAAAGGUCUCAUAUCCUCUAUGAACAGUUAAAAGGAUUUGUUCAAAGAAUGGACAUGAAUGUGGUGAAGAAGGAUCUACCACCCAAAACUGUCUUUGUGAUAACUGUCAAGCUAUCUCCCUUACAGAGAAAAUUGUACAAGAGAUUCCUUGAUGUGCAUGGGUUCACUAGUUCCCAGGUGCAUCCUGACAAGUUAAGAAAGAGAUGUUUUUUUGCUGGGUACCAGGCAUUGGCUAGGAUAUGGAACCACCCUGGGAUCUUGCAAUUGACAAAAGAAGACAAGGACUAUGUUAAACAUGAAGAUGCUGUCGAGAAUUUUCUUGUGGAUGAUAGUUCAAGUGACGAAAAUUCUGAUUAUAAUGUGCUCGCUGGAGAGAAGAUGAGGUAUGCUAAUGAAUUGCUGCAAAGGAAGGAUGGUAAUGGCUUUUUUAUAAAGGGUUGGUGGAAUGACCUUCUUCAUGGGAAAACAUAUAAAGAGCUUGAUCACAGUGGCAAAAUGGUUUUGCUGAUAGAGAUACUAACCAUGAGUUCUGAUGUGGGCGAUAAGGUGUUAGUUUUUAGUCAGAGCAUUCCAACACUAGAUCUCAUAGAACUUCAUCUCUCAAGGAUGCCCCGACGUGGCAAACGAGGGAAGUUUUGGAAGAAGGGAAAAGAUUGGUAUAGGUUGGAUGGAAGGACAGAGAGUUCUGAAAGACAGAAGCUUGUUGAGAGAUUUAAUGAGCCUUUGAAUAGGAGGGUAAAAUGCACUCUGAUUUCAACUAGAGCAGGCUCUUUGGGUAUUAAUCUUCAUGCAGCUAAUCGGGUUGUUAUAGUUGAUGGUUCUUGGAAUCCAACAUAUGAUCUCCAGGCUAUCUAUCGAGCAUGGAGGUACGGGCAGACAAAGCCUGUGUUUGCUUAUCGAUUGCUGGCUCAUGGAACUAUGGAAGAAAAAAUAUAUAAGCGCCAGGUAACAAAGGAGGGGCUUGCAGCUAGGGUGGUGGAUAGACAACAGGUGCAUAGGACCAUAUCAAAAGAAGAAAUGCUGCAUCUCUUUGAGUUUGGUGAUGAUGACAACCCUGAGACUUUAGCUGAACUAACUCAAGAAAAUGGGCAUACUUGUGAUCAAAACAACCCAAUUUUGGUGGGGCAUUCACUGAAACAUACAGUUCCACAUUCAAAUGGAAGUAGUCAUUCUGAUAAGUUAAUGGAAAGCUUACUUGGCAAACACCAUCCACGUUGGAUUGCCAAUUAUCAUGAACAUGAAUCCCUGUUACAAGAAAAUGAAGAGGAAAAGCUAUCAAAAGAGGAGCAAGAUAUGGCUUGGGAGGUGUAUAGAAAAUCGCUGGAGUGGGAAGAAGUGCAGAGAGUGCCACUUGGUGAGUCUAUGCCUGAUCCAAAGCCAGAAAUGCCGAAUGCAAGGCCCCACAUAUCAGAAACCCAAAGCAUCUUGCCAAGUAAACUGAGCAGACGUUUCACGACGCGGAAAUGCACUAACCUUGCGCACCUGUUGACACUUAGAAGUCAGGGUACGAAAUUUGGUUGCAGCACAGUCUGUGGGGAAUGCGCCCAGGAGAUAAGGUGGGAAGACUUGAAGAAGAGAUAGGAAUGUAGCAACAUGAUGACAUAAUCUGAUCUGUUUAUAUAUAAUCAUUUUUUUUUUGUAAAUGUUAAUGUUCCAUGUUCAAAAUCUUUUGCGGAUGAAACAGAAAUGUUCCUCCCAAAAAUGAAAUAGAAAUGUAUCUUUCGUUGCCGUGAUCAGUUAACGGCUUUUCUUGAGGCAUGUGGAAAGUAAAAUCUUAUCUGUCAAGUUUUAUCAAAUUUCAUAGAUAUCAGGUGUUUGUUAACCUC